AGCAUUUUAUCAACGAUCUUCGAUGCAAAGGAUAAUUAGACAUAAAAACGUUUGACAAUUUCGCAAUGUCGUGGGAGUUUUCUAUUUGCAACGUUAAAUCUCGAUCGAACGAACUGGUCAAAAGUGGCUGUUUCGCGUUUCAUUCGUCCGUUUAUUCUACGAACCUUGCUGUCAACUAGUCUAACGUAUUCGAUCGAGAUUGAAUAAAUAAACAGAUAAGCAAGUGAACGAAUCGAAUGAUAAUUAAACUUUCGCUUCGAUACCUCGAGAAGAAAGAAAAACGAGUAACUCCGCUGACAUGAAAACCGAUAUGCCGGACGUUAAACAGGACCAGGCUAAAGUCGAAGAUCGCCGAGGUUCUUCGAAACAAAGUACGAGAUCGAGAGUGUGUACGGGCCACGGUGAACAGGAUUGCUCGAGUGAAAACGAACACGAGUUGGAGUCGCUGGAGUACGAGGAAGACGUUUAUUAUUCGAAUUUAACUGCAACUCCCAGCUUCGACGACAUAGACGAGCUGAGCGACGAUGCGGACGAAAUUAUUGUCCAUUGCUGGCGGGACUCGAACGGUGAUAUAGACGAGAUCGUGGUUGACGAUGCGAAUCUAUCGGUGGAGACGCAGUUUUUGACGCCUGACGGCGAGGACGGCGCCACUGGUCACGGAAAGAAAAAGAGGAAAUCAGUUCGAGUGAUAUUCCAGGACUUCUCGAAGCCGUAUCUGGCCAAGAUCAGCAACAGCCAAAAUUACAAGAAGUUCCUCGAGUUGGUAAAAGGAGAAGACGCGACUCUUCACUCGGCCGAUUACAUCUCGCCAACGUCAGAUAACGUAGUGAACGAGCUGCAAGGACUCUCUCUGGAAGAACAGAAUCGCCAAAAGGAGGAAUGGAGCGCGGAACUGGCCAAGGUGGAAGAGGAGAUUCAAACCCUGAGGCACGUGUUGGCGAACAAGAUCAGAGUCUCUCAAGAGCUGAAGAGGAAGCUGGGCAUCAGCGUUUGGAAAGAGAUCACCGACGACAUGAAUCAGGGCUUGAAAAACGUUAAGGAGAGUCAAGUUUAUCAGAACGUCGGCGAGAAACUCGGUCAGUUCAGCAAGGCGGUCACCGAGAACACUUUAUUCCAGAAGACAGAGUCUGUAUUCAAGACCACGGCUGAGAAGACGACCAGCAUUCUUGGCGGCUUCGGAAGUGGAUUAUCCAUGAAGCUCGGCCAGAUGCGUAACUCCGACAGCUUCCGUUCCCUAGAGGAACGAGUUGGAUCUGCCUACGAGAACAUGAAGACGAAAGUCGUGCCUUCAAGAUCCAGCUCAAUGCAAAGCUUCAAUGAGAUGCUUCGAGACACGGAAUCGUUACGCUCGGCGCCAACAGCUACCAGCCCGACCAUUCCGGAAGACAAACUUCUGUCUUAGAGUUGGGCAUCUCGAGUUUACAUCGAUUUCUGCCUCUUCUCUGCGUAACAUGCUGACGCGUCGAUCCACGAUGCCGGUGUUUCGCCCUAUGCUACAAACUAUCACUUUCCACUGCGUAUUGCUAUUAAUCAGGGCUAUGCGAUGUCGUCUACGUAAUCGAACGUCUAUUAAAACGAAAUAAAAAAGUAAAAAAAAAGUCAAGUCAGUCGUGGAAAAUGAGUUGGCUUCGCGGAUAUCGAUCGGUAUGAUGCAACGAUUCGAACAAUUUGUGUAUUUUGGAUGUUUCCUUGCGUGCACAAAGCUGUGUAGGACAGUGGACGUUGUUGGAAGCAACUUGAUGUUUCUUCGUGAUUUAAUAAGUUGCACGAUAUGCCCUGUUGAGAACAGAAAAGCUAAUUUGUGAUCCUUUCUUUUCUUUAGUGAUUAUUUUUGUUUAUUUUUUUUUUUUUUUUUUUUUUACGGAUUGAUUUUUAGAAAUGCGUGGAGAAAUCUUGUUGAUUUUUAACAUGUGACGUUUCUUUUAUUUUGUUUCUCUUUUUUCUUUUUUGUUGUUUAAAGAACAUGCAGGAUUUCUGUGUUAAUUGAUCCUUUUACGGUGACAAGCUUAUCAGCGUUGUAUCAAUAGUUUGCGUUUCUUCGUAUCGGGAACAUGUUACUCAAGAAGAUGGCAAUUGAUUUCUUUACUUUAUCGAACUUAUUUGCACUACAGCGAUUUUAAUAACGUAUAAUAUAAUAUAUCGUUGGAUACGUACCUUAACGUUUAGCGGUUCAACCUGUUUUUGCACCACGAAUUCGUGAAAGUAGGCACACACGCUUUGAAUAGAUAUUUUACUCUGGUGGCGUUCUCGCUCCCUUUCCGGAUAUCGAUAAUCUUAACAUCAGAAACGAUACCUCGAUGUAUUCCUAUGACAUACGAAUUCUGACUAGCAAUCUUCUUCGAUAAGACUCGUGCUUCGACAAUACUAUCUAUUUUCGUGUGAUAGAAAAUGAUCGAUCUGUAUCGUGCAGUCUAUUUGAAAAUAAUUCGAAUUCGUGCAGUAACAUUUGUAGAGUUUCCAGGAUUACUUUACGCGGGACACAGGUGGCCGCCAUUGUUUCACAAUUAUUCGAUUCAUCUCAAAUAUUCCCGAAAAUAUUUCUGAAUAGGUAUCUAUCUUUGUACGUUGAUAAAUGUCCUUAUAAUUACGUUAUGAAACAUUUUAUAACUCGUUGCAUUUAAGCAAGACUAAUAUCGAUCUUAAAUAACGAAGCUGUUACGGCUAUUACGACCAUGUAAUUUCGUUCAAAAUCGAAAUUUUAUCGUUGUGAGAAUUAAUAAACGCGAUACUGUUAUACAUGUUCGCAAUGAAUCAAAUUCUUCAGCACUAUGCUUGAACAUAUAGAGAAUGGUCGAUAAGUCACUUUCCUUCCCAUUUAAGAGCUGUACAACUUUCUUUAUUAUAUAUUUUUAAAUUCUUAUUUCAGACUUUUGAAAACAAUUGCAAUGUAGAAGCAAGUACAAGUAUUACAAAAAAAA